UGUUCGAACCAGAAGCUAAACAAAUGGGCGGGGCAGUUUAAGGUAAGACAUACGGAUGGCAGUAUCAUCGAAGAAGAAUCAGAUUCAGAAUCAGAUUCAGAAGCAGAUUCAGAAGCAGAAGCAGAAAAAGAAGCCGGAAAAAUGUCCACGAGAAACUUCAUCUUGCGUUGCAAAAGGACAAUAAAUGACUGCACAAGACUUCUCCAAACAGAUGAUGCCGGUCAUGCUGUGUUACAAUCCACAGUAACGAGGUUAGAAACCAUGGAAAGGAGCCUUGAGUGGUCACGGGGCAGGCUAAUUAACGUCCCUACAGUUGAUAUUUUACUUCAGGACCUUCGGGAAUAUAUACUUGAAGUCCGGAGAUCUUGGCCUACCACACCCGCACAACAAGGCAGUUCCACAUGCUGCGCUCUGGGACAUACUCCACCAUCUCAGAUGCUGCACUCGAUAACCUCAUCAAGGAGAUAGUGGCUGGGAAUAACCAGAUUGGCCCCGAAUCUGUCAGGGCACAGCUGCAGGCCCAGCAGAUGUGGAUACAGAGACGCAGAGUGCGGGACAGCAUGAGGCGGAUAGACCCAGAAGCAGCUGCACUACGAGCAAUGUCACAGAGACUGCACCGUAGAGCAUACCGGGUCGCCGGACCUAACUCCUUGUGGCACCUAGAUGGAAACCACAAAUUAAUAAGGUGGAGGAUUGUCAUUCAUGGGGGUAUAGAUGGGUAUAGCCGCCUGGUCGUCUUCCUCCGGGCCUCAGACAACAACAGGAGCACUACCGUGAUGGCGAGCUUCAUGGACGCGGUGGCCAAGUAUGGUGUGCCCUCGAGGGUCAGAACCGACCAUGGGGGCGAAAACAACUCUGUCUGCCUAAUGAUGAACAUCUUCAGAGGCUCUCACAGAGGCAGUGCUCUCCGUGGAAGAAGCACUCACAACCAGAGAAUAGAACGGCUCUGGGGUGACCUGUGGCGAGGUGUGAGCAAUGUCUAUUACAACCUCUUCAACUUCCUGGAGAGUGAAGGCAUAAUAGACAUAGACAAUGAAAUGCACAUGUGGGCCCUGCAUUAUGUCUAUCUCCCGCGCAUAAACCAUGACCUAUGGGUUUUUUUGGACCAGUGGAACAAUCAUGGGUUGAGGACCGAAAGACACCAGAGUCCCAUACAACUUUUUGUCCAAGGUUGCCUGGAACGGCAGGGCCAGACCACUUCUGCCAUGCAGAGCCUCUUUAGUGGAGGACAAGGAGAUGCUCAGGAGGAGCCAGAAAGAGAGGGUGGAGCUGAUGCAGGGGAUGUUGCAUUGGACUGGCCAGAGAGGGUCACCGUACCUCAAAACCAGCACCUGCUAAGCGAUGAGGACAUGGAGCAACUCACCGCACAGUUUGAUCCUCUUGCUGGUCGUAGAGGAGAUCUUGGACUGGACAUCAUCCGAAAUAUACUGUCAUUCAUGGCUACAUUGAAUGUUGUCUGAUUUUGUCACGGACAUGACACAUAUUUCACAGCGGCUCCUCCGCAGGCUGUUCUUUGCCCUUUGAACUCACACUAAUUGCCUUAAAACUACUACUUUGCACAAUUUUCUAGUGUGCAGUAUGUCUAUCCUAUGUUUUUAUGUUGUAGUAGUUUGUGUGUAUAUAUAUUCGAGUGAAUUUUAGUUAAAUAAAUUACUUUGUUUAAACAAUGGUCUCUCUCAAAAGACCCAAACUAUCCCUUUAAGUGCAGCUGUUGAUGUUCACGAAAAAAAAUAAAAUGCAUGCAGAUGGUUGGAGUCUGUAGCCAAACAGUGGUAGAUCUGGCCGUGGUGAGCAGUGGUGUGACUUCUUGCUGUUGUGGGUUGCUGAUAUGACAAGCGAGAACAGACCCAUUUUUUCUCUACCUACAUGCUUGUAAUUAGUUAAUUAAUUAAUAUUCACGGCUUAUGUCAGUUAACCUGAAUGUUGAGAAGUAUGUGUGGAGUCACUAAAAUCACAGUAUUUGUUCAGAGUAAUGAGAUACAAAUCAACAUAAGCUAUUCUUUGUGCAUAUCUUUCUUUCACAUAAUUUCUUAUGUCUCAACUUACUUCAUCUGACAUUGUUCUCUGCUUUGCAUUUGCGAACAUCACAGCCAUGUUCUCUACUGGGCCUGGUUUUACACCCUGUGAAUUGAAGCAGGAUAUAUAAAUAAUUAGAUGAUGUGUGUAUGAGACAUGAGUGUGUCAUUUCAAUAUUUGAUUUACAAUUACAUUGUUUUCAGACAUUC